CUUCGGCUACCUCUUACUUUUACUCCGCGGCUCGGAGCACGUUUUUUCACCCGGGGCCCCGUUGCUUCUCUUUCUCUACCGAGAGUUUCCUGUCGCUGGGCCGGAGACAGAGACACACACGCACGGGCACACACGGACAGGCCACGUACACGAUCUCUCUCACUCGUCCCGGUUAAGGGAACGAGAUCACCGAGAGUGAGAGUAAGGGAUCUCGAUCGCAAGGAUUCGCGCGCGAUCCCUUCGGUACUCGUUGAAGGAUCGGGCCAGCAGGCGGACAGGGUGCCUAAGACUGACUCUAGAAGACGAAGUGGACGAACGAUGGUCGCGAGUGUCCGGUGACGAUAUUUGCUGAUCGGUGUUCUCGUUCGCAGUAGCGCAACCGCAUCCGAACCGCAUCGCGCAGUGUCCGCGUACUUUCGCAACGAAGAUCUCCAGGGAGCAGGAGCAACAGAUCUUUCGGAGGAGCUGGACUGAUUCGAGUUAGGGACCGACGGGACUGUUCGACAUGUGGCUGAAAGCAUUACUGCUCUGUUGCGUCCUCGCGAGCGUGUUAACCGAAGACUCGGCUGAAAACACCAAACCAGUGAAAAUCGAAGAAUUCGUCACGUCUCACAAGCUGCCUGAAAGCAUAGCAAGGCGGACGGAAUUCGAGGAUGAAGAUGAUGAUGUGGUCGACGUGGAGAGGAAAACGGUCUCGAAGGACAGCAAACACGCGAAGAAAGUGAUACCGUGGCUGGAGAGCUACGAUAAGAAGCCGGUGAAUCUGGAUCCGGUCCGCCGAUUCGAUUUCGGCGAGAAUGAGAAAGCAAACACGAAGAGACAAGUGCGAGUGGAGCUCGAGAAUUUCAGUGAUACAGGCGUUCUUCAGGAAGAUGGGGUUCGGAGGACGGAUGGGCAAAGGACGCGAUCGGAGGGCCAAAGGGAUUCAGUGAUCCCUGGAGUUCGUGUCAGUGAUGAGUACCCUACGACGAUGAUGCCGAUGCUGACGACACCUCGAGAGGCUCGCGGAUUCGACUUCGUCCCGGUGAACAUAAUCCGCGACGACGGAAAAGAGACGUCAUUCCGCGACAGAAACUUCGGCGACUUUAGCGACGUCAGUUUAGUUCCGGCCGGCAGUAACUCGCGUAUCCAGGUAAAGAAAGGGCCGAACGGCAAGGACUACGAAUACGAGUACGUAUAUUAUUACUAUGACGAGGAGGAUGAGAAUAAGGCGGGUUCGGCGGACUCUUCCGUCACCAAUUCUUACGACGUUCCUUCUAGAACGACGUCCGCGCCUAGGCGCGGCGGAUCGUCCAGCAACAGGAACAAGUACAGUAGCGUGGAACGGAGCACUGUCGAGCCAGCCAGCAACGAGGUGAUACCCAACAGAAAUGGUAACAGGGGAAGACAAUUGUCCGACGCUGAGGACGUGUCCGAAGAAAGGCUACCAGCCAACACCAGGUUCCCGCCCAGGUCAAGGUCGAACCACAACACAGGGACCACAGAGCCAUCCAGAACUCGUGGAAACCGUCCCAGACCUAGUUUAGACCUAGUGGACUCUAGCAGCUUCAGGACUCAUCAGGAAGGUCCUGAGUUCCCUCAAGUGUUACCAAAAGGUCCAGUCAGAUUCCUAGGAGUAACGCCACAUGAAGAGAGCGAAGAUAAAACGAGUAGUAGAGGACGAAGCAGACCUCAGAAAAUUCAAGAACCUGCCCCAGUAGAAGAGAUCAUUGAUGAUUCGCCAGCUCCUACGACUAGAAGGAGACCACUGACGAGCACACCAUCGACCGAGGUGGAAGAUGAAGAUGCAUCGAAGCCCAUCCAAUCCUCCAGAUCAGCCGAAGAGACCGAUAGUAAGGAAGAUUCUUCAUCCUCAACGGAAAAGAGCAAAGAAAAGCUAGCUUCUCUAGAAAGACAGGACUCUGAAGAACAAGAUUCCUCGUCAAUCUCUCCGAGCACUGUCUCUUCAGCCACCGACAAUCCAACGACAGAGUAUCCUUCAGCCAUGGACAAAGUAGCUCUGGACCUGUACGCAUUCGUUCAACAGGGCCAGAACAAUCUCGUGGAAGCUUCCAGCAGCGAAGCUGCUUCUUCUGAAGGCACUACUCUAGCUGAUGAUCAAACAACCACUGACAUGGCAGCUACCACAGAAGCUUCUUCAGGUACUACAGUUACCAUUGACCUCACCACGGCGACCACUACACCUGAACCAACGACUACUACUACUACAACAACUACUACGACGACUACGACCACUACCACCACCACCGAAGCACCGACUACUACCACUCAGGCAGCUGGAAGAGGGAAAUUUAGGAGACCCGGAUUGAGUGGACCAGCAACUUCUAGAAACAGGUUCAAAUCCAACAACGGAGGUGGUAGCACAACGACCACAGAGACACCAGAGCAAACCCCGCGUACCCGAGCUCGUUUCGGUGGUAACAAUUCGAACGGCGGGUUCAAGAGGUCAAGACCAGGUCACAAGCCCGUGGAAGAAGACGCAGUGCAGAAAGAAAGCUCCAGUUCAGUCCACGCUGAAAAACCAUCGUCUACCAGCGGCAGAGGCAGAUUUCGUGGCACUGGCAACACGAGGACAACCGCCCAGUCCACCACUUCCUCGCCAUCCAAUGGCGGAGGAGCGACUACGCCGUCUGGCGGAGUAUCCAGACCAAGCUUCAACAAGCUGAACAUCAACAGACGCCGAGGAAGACCAACUACCGCGACACCAAGCGCCAGCGAAGAGAGCCAAGACUCUAAAGAGGCUGCUAAAGAGACGACUCAAGAAGCAGUCACGGCUGCGCCGAAGUCUACGGUUCGAUCGAGACUUCCGGCACCAGGAGCUAGACCACCGGUCAUCAAGCCUGGAGGCGUUAGGGUGAACUUGAGACAGAAACCGGGCCAGCCGACUACUACGAGCACCGCUGCGCCAGCUGUGCCUGCGGACACCUCUGAGGAGGCGUCCAUUGAGGAACCGGCUGGCGAGGGAACUGAGGAAGAGACUCAUGAAGCGCCCGCUGAGACCAGCCCACCUCCUGCCAAGUCCACCACGGUGAAUCCCCUGAACAAGCUCCGCAAUCGGAACCGAUUGCAAGUGCAUCCCAAGACGACGACCAGGUCACCAGUGUCCCUAGCGACGAGGAGGUCUCCACUGCUGCCCCGUCGCAAAGUGACGGAAGCGCCUGUUCCCCAAACCAGCCAGGAAGAGGUAUCCGAGGAGCCGCAGACCUCCAGCAGCGAAACGGAGCCAACCGAGGCGACAUCUGCCGAGACCAGCACCGCUGCUAGCACGAGACACGAGGAGACGCGGAGACUGAGCGGGUUGCUGGCGCCCAGGCGCAGGAUAGCUCCUCGGCGUCCUGGUCAGAUCUCCCGGAAGUAGAGGAGGUAGACCUGCCUAGAACGCGGACGCCAGGUGCUCUCGAUGCCAAUUCUAACAGGAAAAAGCAUUCUCAUCCAUCGAGACACCUCUAUUCAGGCGAUGAUCAUGACUGAGCUGGCUGACGGGGAUCCUGGACACCCGGUAGAUCGUCGACGUCUGAUUCAUCGAUGACAAACAGCGUCUUUAGUGGGACAGGGAAUCACUCGUUGCAAAAUUGUUGAGACGGUUCUCGUUGGAACGGAUCUAGUGACUCUUUAAAGGCUACUGCUGAAUGAGCUGGUAAUUAUACUAACUGGUAGGGCUGAUUUAUUGGGUACUUUCAGAAAUAGAUGAUGGAAGGGGACUCGAGGAAUAUAAGGGUCUAGAGCUUGUAGAAAUCUUGAUGAGCCUCUGUUAAUUUGAAUAAGAAGUUUAAUGACUUUCUUCAAUCCUCGUAAGAGCUGUUCAACUUGAACGUGUCUGAUUAAGCGUACUUAGAGGAUAAGACAUAGGCAGGUGUUUAGGUUAUAGAGGAUCUCCAGAGGGUUUUUGGCAUCUUGAAAAUAUGUAGAACCGGCCUGGAGGGCGAAUUGAUUUCGAGAGACGGUUGACGUCCGUCGUUUACGAGGUCAUGAUGUUCGUUCCAGCGAGAACAGGGUCGAAUGAGGGGGAAGGAGCUAGCAUGAGCGACGCGAUAUGGUCCGCGAAUCGAACGCAAGAACGAACGCGUUACGUUUUGGUGAACGGUGUCUCGAGCUCGCAGCUAAAAAGGUCGGAUGUACAUAGUGAAUUUUCGCGUCCUUUUCCACGAUAUUUAGCGCGAGACGCGAUCGAUAUACGUCCGCGACGCCAUAGUAGAGACCUGGUAUAUACCAACGUGAGCUUCCGUUUCGCUAGGAUUUCCAAUGAGAGCGCGAAUUGGAAACGAUCUUUUUUUAUUUAAGGGCGACGGAAUCGAGCAAGGAGAAAACAGUCGCUGAGAAUGAUCGACGCAUGAUAAUAAUCGAACUGCGGAUAUCGCGCGAUUGAAAAGUAGAAGAAAAAACAGAAUGGCUACGAGUUUGAUCAUGUUUCUAUUGUGCUUUUCGCGGCGAUGAAAAAGAACUAGACGGGGAAACGAGUUUCUAUUUAAUUCCUGUGUUUGUAAAUUAGGAGCGCGAA